AUGAUGAAAUGUCCAUGUAACCGUUGUCUUCUAACCAAAUCUUUGUCAAAAGAUGAUAUCGAAGGUGACUUGAUGUGCUAUGGGUUUUUAAGUUCUUACACAAGUUGGAUACUACAUGGAGAGGAAGUGUGUGUCACAGGAAAUACAAGAAUACCGUCUGAUGUUAAUGAGUCUGAAUUGGAUUCAGCUUUGAAUCUUUUAGAUGACAUUUUUCCCGAUAUUAGUGUGAAUAUGCCUGGUGAAUAUGGAAAUGAAACGACCAGUCAACCUAUGGGCGCAGACAGACCAUCAACUUCCAGUGGAACCUUUGGAAAAGGAGAAAGUUUUGAUGAGUUGUUUGCUGAUUAUAAUCAAGAGCUGUAUCCAGACUGCACUAAGUUCACGAAGUUGUCCUUUAUACUGAAACUAUACCAUAUCAAAUGUAUGUGCAAGAUUAGUGACAAGGGAAUGUCCAUGGUGCUUGAUUUGAUGAAAGAAGCAUUUACACAUGCUAAAUUGCCAGAUUCGUUUAAUGAUAUGAAAAAGGUUAUUCGCAAACUGGGAAUGACUUAUGAGUCAAUCCAUGCAUGUCCAAAUGAUUGCAUGUUGUAUUGGGAGGCAGAUGCAGAAAGGGAGAUUUGCAAGCCACGGUUGCAACGUUUAUUCAUGUCAUCCAAAACUGCUACUCACAUGAGAUGGCAUGCAACUGCUAGUAACAGUGAUGGUAAACUUCGUCAUCCAAGAGAUGGUAGGGCUUGGAAAGAAUUUGACCAAAACCAUCCUGAAUUUGCUUCUGAUCCAAGACAUGUCAGAUUGGGCUUGGCAACGGAUGGUUUUAACCCAUUUGGUACGAUGAGUAGCAGUUAUAGCAUCUGGCCGGUGAUAUUAUUUCCUUAUAAUUUUCCACCGUGGAUGUCAAUGAAGCAGACAUCAAUGAUCCUCUCUAUGGUUAUCCCCGGAAAACACAUGCCUGGUAAUGAUAUUGAUGUCUACUUGCAGCCACUUAUCAAAGAGUUGAAGGAGUUAUGGUUUGAUGGGAUUGAAACGUUAGAUUCUUCGACAAAGCAAACUUUUAACAUGAGAGCAGCUCUUAUGUGGACAAUUAGUGAUUUUCCAGGUCUUGGAAAUUUGCCGGGUUGGAAUACAUAUACAGCAUCAGCAUGUCCAAGCUGUAAUUAUGAUGGAAUCGGACAACAAACUAGGCAUCCACCAGCCACACUGACAGGCUCUACAAUUGUUCAACAACUACAACAAGUUGAUGUUACCCUUGGUAAGAAGAAUAGUUUAGUUGGUGUUGGAAGAAAGAGGGAUCGAAGUGAUGCUGGAAGAUCUAGUACUCAACAGUGGAAGAAAAGAAGUAUAUUUUUCGAGCUGCCCUAUUGGGAAGUUACAAUGUUGCGACAUAAUUUGGAUGUCAUGCACAUAGAGAAGAAUGUGUUUGACAAUCUAGCCUACACAUUGUUGGAUGACAAAAAUAAAUCUAAAGAUAAUCUGAAUGCUAGAAAAGAUCUUCGUGAGAUGGAUGGUUAUGCUUCAAACAUAUCAAGUUGUGCUGAUGUUAGUGGUCGAAAGCUAGCAGGCUUAAAAAGCCAUGAUUGUCACGUGAUAAUGAGAGAUUUAUUUUCAGUCGCAGUUCGAAAUCUGCUGCCAACAGAUGUGACAUCAGCCAUUGUCGAGAUCUGUCAGUUUUUUAGAGAUAUCGCUGCAAAAGUUCUUGAUAUCAAUGAGCUUGAUAGAUUACAAGAUCGUAUUGUGGUGACUUUAUGCCAGACACGAUUCACUCGGACUGGCCGCGUUGAUGAUCAGCCUUUAGUUGAUACUAACAUUAGACCACACUCAGAACUUCUACUUAUUUUUCCAAACCAUGGAAGAUUUGUUGGAGCAGGUCAAGUUUAUUCUCUUAGUCAUGUUGAGAGACAACAAGCACAUCGACAUGUAUUGAUCAACUGUCAACUACUUGAUCCAUUACGAGAGAAAUAUAAAAAUGAGUUGUUGACGAAACAGACUCAUCAAAGCAAUAGGCAUCGUGCUAUUGACAUUGAUCGAGAAAUGCAUCUUAAUAUUGCAAACUGGCUCAAACAGAAAGUAGAGUCAAAUGGGAUAACUGAUGAUAUACGGUGUUCAGCUUUGGGUCCAUCUGAUAAAGUUUUGAAGUAUACAGCUUAUAAUAUCAAUGGUUGCAAGUUCCGUACAGCGGAAAGAGAAGCUAAUAUGAAAACACAAAAUAGUGGUGUUUAUGUGGCUGCUGAGACUAUGAGCUAUGCUAGUUCUCGUGAUCCUAACCCAAGAACAGGAAUUGUUCCAUACUAUGGCAACCUUACCGAAGUUAUGGAGCUCAACUACUAUGAAGUUUUCAAAGUUUUAUUAUUCAGAUGUACGUGGGCGGACACCCGUACGGAACGAGGAUACAAAACAGAUACAUAUGGUCAUCAUAUGGUAAAUUUUUCACGCUUGUUACACACUGGGGAUAAUGCAGAGGAUGAACCAUAUAUAUUGGCGUCUCAAGCAAAAAUGGUUUACUACGUUAAAGAUCCAUCUGAAUUAGAGUGGAAUAUUUCAAUUCAUAUGCAGCCGAGAGACGUAUAUGAUAUGGGUGAUUCAAAUGGCUCAGAACAGUUGAAUGAUGAAUCUGAUUAA